CCUCGUUCAUUCUUUCUCCCCCCCGCCCACGGUCAUUCUUUUGUGGUUGGUUCUUGCCUGCGAAUCGAUUUCGCCCUUCCAUUCCCUUUUCGGUCUCUCGUACUCCUAGAACAGACAUUGAUUGUCUUGUCGAUCUAAAGUAAAAAAAAAAAAGAAAGAAAAACAAAAGAAAACAACAAACCAGCAACCAUGCAGCUCUCCAACAAGCUCUCCGUGGCCCUGAUGGCCGCUCUGGCCGUGGGUUCCGACGCCAGCACUCACGCUCGUCAUGCCCGUCACUUCCACCCCCGUGGUCUGAACGGCACUGAGCCCUCGUCCUCCUCGGCGGUCUCGUCUACUUCCAGCCUGCCGGUGUCUUCUCCUUCGUCGUCCGCUGUCUCUUCCACUGCGGUCUCGUCUACCCCGGUCUCGUCCACCCCCGCCUCUUCCUCGGGCGUGGCUUCCUCCACUCCUCUCUACCCCAGCUCGUCCGCCGUCGGUGCCGGUUCGUCCUCGGGCGCGGCCACCACGAGCGCCGGUCUCAGCACCGGUCUGCCCGGCUUCAGCUCCGCCUCUAGCGAUGUCUCCUCCAGUGCCGGUGCUAGCGACAUCACCGUCACCUACACUCUGGGAACCGGUUCUUCUACCUCUGUGGUGACCACUACCAUCCACCGCACCUCGACCGCUGUCCACACCGUCACGGCCACCCCCACUCCCUCGGAGUCCGGCAACGGCGAGGAGUCUGGCUCGACCAGCACCGCCACCCUCCUGCCCGUCACCUCCGGCAACGGCGAGGGUUGCAGCCCCACCGCUACCGUCACCGUCACUGUGACUGCCACCCCGACGGGUUCGUCUGGCGAUCACCACGGCCACGGAGAUCACCGCCACGGCCACGACGAUGAGGAUGAUGAGGAUGACAAGGGUGAUGAUGAGGAUGACGACGAGGACGAGGAUGAGGAUGACCACCACCACGGUCCUCCCCGUCCCACCGGCCUGCCCCAUCCUCCCUUCCCCGGCAAUGGCACCGUCCCCGUCCCCAGCAGCAGCGUCCCCGUCAGCAGCAGCAUCCCCAUCCCUAGCAGCAGCAGCGUCCCCAGCAGCAGCGUCGCCAAGUCCAGCGGCUUCGCGACCAGCAGCAAGGCGGCCGCCCCCACCAACUUCCGCCGUAGCAACUAAGGCGGGGACCCUGGUGAAGAAAACCGUUGGUCGGUCCCUCGACGGGGCGAUUCGCCCGGUCGUUCAUAUCUGAGCUUCUCUGGAGAAAUUUGAU